AUGGCCCGUAAAAAGAACAGAAGACAGAGACAGCCGCAGAGCGCCGGGAAAGAGUCGGCGGGAAGUGAAUCAGACGUCGUGGAGGCGGACGUUGAUCAGCAGGACUCAAUUGAAGAAAGUACAGAACACGAUAAGCCACAAGAAUCGGGUGUUCAGGACACGGGUGAUAUUGGGGAGGAGACUGAGAAACCGAUCACAGAAGAUAACGCUCCUGUUUUGAACCAUGUUGCAGAGGACGAACCGGAAAGCGAAUCACAUGACGAGUUCAUAGACGCUACAGGUGUCACGGUAUCCAGCACGGAGGAGCCCGAGGAGGAGCUUGAGGAGCCGGUCGGAGAAAAGCUGGAAGAACCUAAAGAAAGCACUCCUGUUCCGGAGAAGGACACGACGCCGGUGGGAGAAGACGUUUCCGAGAUUUCUACGGCCAAGUCUGUUUCUUUAGACAAGACAACUGCCUCGCUGAAAGAGGAGGCUCAGAGUUCAGGAUUGGUUGCCGAGGCUGGCAGCGACGAGGAAAAGGACGAAGAAAAACCCGAGGCGGUGCCUGUGGUCAAACCAGUUCCCCCAGAGCUGCCUCCACGGGAAGAGGAGGCCGUCUUGAUCACAUCGGAUCAAAUCAUACCUGAGGAACAAAACGGAGCAGAAUAUCGGGACGGCGAGUUCGGCGUGAACAGAUCGGUUAAGACGUUGCGCAAGUGGUUCAAUUUCAACACCAAGGACGAGGCCUAUAGCGACGAUUUGAAGGAGGUGAUGAGCGAGCUGGAAGGACCCGAGAACCAGAGUCUUGCGUAUUCGCGGUAUUGGGAGAACGUUGAGGAUUUAAAACUCCAAUCUGCCAAAGACCGCGAGCUGUUGAGCCAGGGAGCCAACGGCAUCAGAAAAACGUUCAACGAGAUCAAGACAGGAAUCGAGAUCACCAACGAUAACGAGUUAAUGAAAGGAAUUGACUGGGAGUUCUGGUCAGAAGUCAUCAAUGACUACAGCUCUGUGUUGGAACACAAGCCAGAGAAGCUGAUCGAAAACAUAACAAAAGGAAUACCCAGAGAACUGAGAGGAAUGGUGUGGCAGGUGAUUUGCAAUUCCAAGUCUUUAGAACUGGAAGAGUUCUUUAGAGCAAACAGAAACUGCGAAAGCGAUUACCAGAAACUUAUAAAAAGAGACCUUGCAAGAACGAGUUUCGUGACCAAUAGCGCUGUGCGAACCAAGAUCGAUGACUUGUACGAGAUCAUCAAGGUCUACAGCGUGUACGAUACCGAUGUUGGAUAUACCCAAGGAAUGUCGUUCAUCACUGUUCCGUUGCUAAUGAACAUGGAGGCCAGCGAAUCGUUUUGCAUGUUGGUCAAGUUGAUGAACAUCUACGACUUCAAGCAGUUGUUCAUCCCACACAUGCCUGGUCUGCAUCUGAAACUGUACCAGUUUGACAGACUGCUGGAGGACUCGCUUCCGGACUUAUACUUGCAUUUAAAGCAUCAAGGGGUGAAAUCGUCCAUGUAUGCCACACAAUGGUUUUUGACCUUGUUUGGUUACAAGUUUCCCCUGGAGAUGGUUUUGCGGAUCUACGAUAUUGUGAUUGCUGAGGGGAUUGAGUCUGUGUUGAAAUUCGCUAUGAAUCUGAUGGCCAAAAACAAACAGCAUCUUCUUGAGCUCAAGUUUGACGAUUUGCUACCGUUUUUAAAAGACAAGCUAUUUUUCUACUACGUGGAUAACAGCGGCGACGACCAUGCUGGAAGAACGUUGAAGGACGCAUAUUCGAACAGAGAGAUCUCUGUGGACACAUACAAGUUGGAGGAGUUUGUCUCUGAUUCCAUGAACAUCAAGAUACUUCCAGUCACGCUGAGACGGUACGAGGCCGAGUUUAUAGAGAUUCACAAGUUGGAGAGCGAGAUGGAGGCUGAGAUUGCCCAAUUGAAGACCAAGAACGGACAGCUGUUGCGGGAGAUCCGCAACAUUGAGGCUGCCUAUGCCACUUUGAACAGAGAGCAUGUGGAGAUUGCAAACGAGAUGGUGCAAGGGAAGGUGGAGAUUGCGCAUCUUCAAGACGAGAACCGCCAGUUACAGAACCAGAUUGACGACCUGACGGGCCGUAUGGAGAGACUGGAGUCGGAGAAACAGACAGACAGCAGCGUGGACUUUACUGGAGAGCUUUCCAGCAACAUGAACCUGGAGAUCCAAAAGACAAUGGAGAGAAAUCUCGAGGUUAUGGAGGAGAACCGGGUGUUGGAGGAGCAGCUCAGUGCUGUGACCCAACAGCUUGCGGAGGCCAAGGAGCAGAUGGGCGAGAUGAAGGGCAAAUGGUACAAGAAAAACAGCUUCUGUAACGUGAUGCGUGGCGUGCGGUUUUUCUCGACGAGCCAGAGUGUUUUGGCGCGUAGUUACCGUCAUGUUGUGAACCGGCAGCUAAAGAAGAAGGUGAUAUAUCAGCCAGGCGACCUGAAGCCAAGAAACCUGAGAAUCCCGGACAAGAGACCCGAGUACCCUGAUUAUCCGUACGGGGAGUCCCGCAUUUUCAAGAGAAGCAACCGCGGAUUGUUUGGAGGACAAUUCAUCACGUUUGGAAACAAGGUCUCCGAGUUUAAAAACAGGUCCCGCAGAUCGUGGCUUCCCAACAUUGUGUCCAAGAAGCUGUGGUCGGAGGCCCUGAACAAGAUUGUGGCCACCAAGGUGACGGCGCGCGUGCUGAGAAUUAUCACCAAGGAAGGAGGACUCGACAACUACCUGACCAAGGACAAGAAGGCCAGAAUCAAAGAGCUUGGACCGUUUGGCUGGAGAUUGAGACACGAUGUCUUGAAAGCCAGACAGAACGCGGAGAAAUUGAAACAAAAGAACUACAGUGUGGUCAAGGACGCCGAGGGAAACGAGAUCAAGGUUUUCUACCAGGGAACGUACAAUGGAGAGCCGGUUUCUUUGGUUGUUGGUAGAAGAAAGCUGCUACAGAAGCUGUAUCCAUUGGUCAAGACCAACACCCCAGGACACCUUGCAUUUGCUGCAUUCAACAACAGACGCAAGAGCACGCCGUUCGACCAGCUGCUGGCCGAGUUCGAGACCUACAACGCCGACCUGAGUGACGUUAUCGUGAAAUAG